CUUUUGCAACGUCUGACAGAAUUCUGCUAAACGGUGCUACUUGAAUGGCGAGUGCAGUUCUUUGUCUGAAAAAGAGCAGACAUUAUUAUACCUGGCAAAUAUGGGAUAUUCAGUGGAAGAGGCUUCCAUAGCAAUGGAGAGAUCUGGUCCAGAAGCAACGCUUGACGUAUUGAUAGAUUUCAUCAGUACUGCUCAAAUGUCAAGAGCAGAAGAUGCCUAUCUGCCAGAAGAUGUGAAGCCAAAACUGAAGCACAUAUCGAAUGAUAGUGGUGGAUACAAGAGGAAGAUGUACAAUGAGUUGUGCAAAAGGAAAAAGCAUAGGGCGAUUCUUGAUGAAGGGACAAUUCGUUUGCCCAAACCCAUGAUUGGAUUUGGAGUUCCUACAGUAUCUCUUCCCACAAUUGUCCAAAGAAAUCUUUCGAAGCAAGCUGUCGGCCCCCCUUACUAUGAAAAUGUUGCUCAAGCUCCAAAGGACGUGUGGAACACCAUUUCCAGACACUUGUUCGAUGUUUUGCCUGAGUUUGUCGACUCAAUAUACUUUUGCGCUGCUGCAAGGAAAAGGGGAUAUAUUCAUAAUCUUCCAGUUGAAAAAAGAUUUCCUUUGUGUCCACUUCCCCCAAGUACCAUUCAUGAGGCACUUCCCUUAACAAAGAAAUGGUGGCCAUCUUGGGAUAAACGGACAAAGCUAAAUUGUUUGCUAACAGCCAUUGGGAGUGCAAAAUUGACGGACAGGAUCAGGAAAGUUUUGGAGAAAUAUGUUGGUGAGCCACCUAUGGAAGUGCAAAAGUAUGUUCUUGCAGAAUGCAAAAAGUGGAAUUUGGUGUGGGUUGGAAGAAACAAAGUUGCUCCUUUGGAGCCUGAUGAAGUUGAAAUGCUAUUGGGGUUUCCAAAGAACCAUACUAGGGGUAUAAGUAGGACUGAUAGAUACAAAUCCCUUGGUAACUCGUUCCAGGUCGACACAGUGGCGUAUCACUUAUCGGUGUUGAAAGAUAAGUUUCCAGCUGGUAUCAAUGUAUUAUCGCUUUUCUCUGGAAUUGGCGGUGCCGAAGUUGCUCUUGACCGUCUCGGGAUUCGAAUGAAGAAUGUUGUUUCAGUUGAAAAAUCUGAAGUCAACAGGGUUAUUUUGAGAAGCUGGUGGGAUCAAACAGCUCAGCAGGGGAAGCUUGAAGAAUUUGAGGAUGUGAAGGAGCUGACCCGAGACUGCUUGGAGAAACUGAUGGAUUCCUUUGGAGAAUUUGAUCUAGUAAUCGGUGGAAGCCCGUGCAACAAUCUUGCAGGUGGUAAUAGGGUGAGCAGGGAUGGGCUUGAAGAAUACUGGAUUCUUCAAGAAGACAAGAAGGCAACAAUUUCUUCUCCAUGUUCCUUUAAAAUUCUCAGGUAUGUAACUACUCUCUCUCCUUGCUCUGUAUUUUAAUUCACUCGCUGCAGCUUUCUUCUCCUCUUGCUAUUCCCUGUUCUCUCUUUUCCCAUUCUGCUCAGACACUCAGUGCUCAAUGUUUGAAUCUCUUGCCGAGAUUUUUUCUUGUUGAUGCCUUGAUGGUGAUUCUGAUAUUUAUUUCUGAAAUGAGAAGUUGUUGCUAUUUCUAGUGCGAAUUUGGGAGAGCUAGGGCUUGAAGGUCUUGAAUUUUGAUAGUUUAUAGAAUUUGUGCACAUAUUAUGUUUGGGAAAAUGCUUAGCUGAGUCAAAGAUUGAAAUCCAUAGGAAAAAACUAUAUUGUGAACAUUUCAUUGGGUAUCAAGAACAUUUCAUUGUAUAGAUUAAUGGGUAUGUUGCUUUUCUUUUCCUGUAUUGGG